AUGUCCAUCGCUCAAACAAUGAUGAUGCAUCAAGCCAUCCAUUGGCCUGAUGUCGCAACCACCACACUCUGGCCCCUCGCAGUGGAUCAUGCCGUCUUCCUCUACAACCACAUGCCCAACCAAUCAUCUGGUCUCUCACCACACGAUCUGCUUACCAAAACCCGUUGGAAACAACCACAACUUGCCGAUGUUCAAGUUUGGGGACGCCCAGUGUAUGACCCAUUGCAUCCACCUGAUCCCACCGACGAUCCUCCUCCACCUUCAACUGCAAGAGUCCGAGAACAAACAGAAGUUCACAACCCACCCACUCCAUUGGACGUUGUUCUGCCACCAACCAAGCCCCAAGCCGAUUCCUCUGGAGCCACCAUACCUCCAAUCCAGAGGGAGACAGUCAUCGAGAAUCCGCCAGCUGUUCCUCCCGUUCAGCCGCCUCCUUCUCAGAGGGAGAAUGUGACCCCUACUCCUACAAAUCCGCCAAAGCCUUCAUCUCCGCCGCAGCCAACGCCUCCCCCGGCUCGCAAACCGCAACCCACACCAACUUCCAAACCUGCACCCCUGCCAUCAGCCACACGCACAUCUCGCCGAUCCAACAAAGCUCAACCUCCAAAACGCUUUGGAUACGAUGGACAUGGACCCGCAGGAUACAACGCACCUCUAAAAUCGCAAAGUCCAGAAACCAACAACUUCUACACUUACUUUUCGGCUUACUUCAACUCUUCGAACAUUGAAGUGGAACAUUCUCACGACUGCAGCUUCGUUCCAAGCUCGUACAAGGCAAGAGCCACCAAGGACCCAGACGUUUUCACUUACAACGAAGCGGUCAACGGUCCCAACAGCGAAAAAUGGACUGCAGCCGCAAAGAAAGAAAUCGAAGAACUUGAAGGAAAGCUCACCUGGAUUGAAGUCCCAAUGUCAAAAGCGAAGACCAAGAUCAUUCCUGGAACUUGGGUCUUUCGUGUCAAGAGAAAUCCAAGCGGAGAAAUGACCAAAUUCAAGGCAAGAUAUUGCGUCGAUGCAUUUGUGCAAUCCAAACUGGACAAACCAAAAUGGGUACACUUACCUCGAGGAUUUGUCUCUCCAAAGGGCAAAGGAACAUGCCUUCAACUCAACAAGUCACUAUAUGGGACCAAAGCUGCUCCCGCGCUAUGGAAUAAGACCGCCAUGGAAGGAUUCACCAAGUGUGGAUUCAAACAAUCCGAUUUUGAUCCAUGUCUUCUUUACAAGAAAGGCAUGAUGGUGGUUCUGUAUGUCGAUGAUGCUGGAAUCGGUGCCAAAGAUCCAGCAGACAUUGACAAGCUCAUUGAGGAACUCAGAGAAAUCCAAUUUGAACUAAAGAAAGAAGGCGAUUUCAAUGAGUUUCUUGGCAUAAAAUUUGACAAACGCAAAGAUGGUUCAGUCGAACUUACCCAGACUGGUUUGAUUGACAAAGUUUUCCAAGUGGCACGAUUCUCCUCUGAACCAAAGCAAUCUCAUGCAACCGCUGUGAAAACAAUUCUUCGUUACCUGAAACGCACUCGCACAAAAGGCAUGAUCAUCAAACCUACCGGAAAACUGAACCUUGAUUUGUUUGUCGAUGCCGACUUCUGUGGACUCUACAACACCGAACCUCACACUGAUCCAAACUCCACCUUAAUUCCAUUGAAGCGUCUUCUCAUUGAAGCCACCGACCACGUUGAACUUGACAACGGCAUCCGCGCCACCAUUUGGGCCUCAGCAUUUGAAGACAACCAAGGAGCAUAUUUUCUGGCCACUAAUCAAAGAAUCACAUCUCGCACCCGCUGGUAUCUCAACAAGUGGCACUGGUUCUGGGAACACGUCACCGAGGACGGUGUUGGCCCAGAAACUGUCGCCAUCCACGAGCUGGUACCAUCGCUCCAAGAUGCUGAUUACUUCACAAAGGCACAGUCUUGUGAACCUUUUGAGAGCAAUUGCUUUUGA